CUCCACUGCCGAAAGUACUAAACAUUGUAAACAAAGGAGAUCCACUCUCAUCUAAGGUAGAUCUACGAAACUAAAUGAGAUAUAUAAAAUAUGAAAUUUAAAAACAAAUAACACAGAGAUAGCAUGCGAUAAAGCUUACAAGUGACAUACAAUUUUGGAAUUAUCAAAGAUAAAACAGUGUGAAAUUUAAAUAGGACUCUACAUUUGAUUUUACCGUAGUUCGUUGAGGCGUUGCACUUUCAUAUUGAAAAAUGGAAUAAAGUUAUUUCAAAAUUGCGAAAUAUACAAACAUAUAAUAAUGGCAUUAGGAAUACGAGUACUGUCAGCGGUUUUAGUCUUUGUUUCACUGUUGACUGUAGUGGUAUGCAGCUCCAGGUAAAACGUUCUUUUCCUAGUCUCAGAUGACCUGCGACCUCAGCUUGGUGCAUACGCCGGAAGUAACUUUCCAUCCCCAGUUCAUCCGAAAAUGCAUACGCCAAAUAUAGACGCUCUCGCAUCAAGAAGCCUACUUUUCAAACGUGCAUACGUCCAGCAAGCUGUGUGCUCCCCAAGCAGAACCUCAUUCCUAACUGGCCGCCGACCGGACACUACACAUGUUUAUAACUUGGUUACUAAUUUUAGAACUGUUGGUGGAAAUUUUACAACUUUACCGGAAUACUUUAAGAUGCACGGAUACAGAACGUUUGGUAUUGGCAAAAUAUUUCACGGUGACAUUGCAUCUGGAGGUGACGAUCUACAAUCCUGGACUGAACCUUACUUCCAUGGAGUUUUCAAUUAUGCGAAUGAAAAUGGAAGUUUUCCCAGUUGGAUGGCCAUUCCAGACAGUGAACUUAAAACCAAACCACUGGUGGACAGACAAAUUGCAGACCAUGCAGUAAAAACACUGCGAACAUUGGCUCCAACUGCAAAAACAGGGGAAACUAAAUUCUUUAUGGCUGUUGGAUUCCGUAAACCACAUCUUCCCUUCGUUUUCCCAGAAUCUGUUAUGCGAAACUUUUAUCCAAGAAGAACAAUUCGGUUACCAUCUAACCCAUAUGCACCUGUCAAUAUGCCUAGCAUAGCAUGGUUCCCUAACCCAGAGCUGCGUUAUCACUAUACCGAUAUUAUCGCGUUAAAUGCGAGUGGUGCAACCUGAUCAGGUUACCCUUGACCUAAGACGUGCAUAUUAUAGUUCUGUUACAUGGAUGGACUCUCUCGUCGGUGAGGUUGUCUCGGAAAUCGAUCGCCUCGGUCUGUCUAAUAAUACUGUCAUAUCCUUUAUUGGCGAUCACGGGUGGCAACUAGGUGAACAUGGAUUAUGGUGCAAGCAUACAAAUUUUGAAAUCGCAACGCAUGCGCCGAUGAUGAUACAUAUUCCAGGAAUGAUUGAUCAUGGUAUAGUGACUGACCAGUUGACCGAGUUUGUAGAUUUGUAUCCCACAAUUGUCGAGGCGGCAGGUCUUGGGUCCAUUCCUCUUUGUCUUGAAGACUCUGAACACACUAAACUUUGCCGGGAAGGAACAAGCCUGAUACCUCUGAUAAAGAACCCCAACACAGCAAUCAAGAAGGCGGCAUUCUCUCAAUAUCACCGAGGCCAUAAUAUUAUGGGAUAUACGAUGCGCACUGACAGAUACCGCUACACAGAAUGGGUAGACUUUAAAUACGCGCCGGAGUACAAACCAAACUGGGAUAGGAAAAGUGGAGUUAGAGCUCUACGACCAUAAAGUUGACCCUGAAGAAAACUACAAUGCCGCUAACGAUGCCAAAUACCAACAAAUAAGGGCUGAACUAAGUAAACUUUUACAAAAAGGAUGGCGACACAUUCCUGAUGAAAUCAGUGAAAUUUUAGGAUAAGCAUGCUAUGAAAUUGGUUAAAAACAUAUAAAGUGGUGUUAAAACAAAAAUGAAAACCGAAAUAACGUUUACAAUAUCUUAUUUACUUCAGUUCAGAUUCAGCAUUUGAUGACAAUUUCGCUAGAGGAAGUCUUCCCCAACACGUCAUUAGUACAAGUAUUACG